AUGGGAUGUCGAAAGCCGAUCUUGGAGCGUUCUUGCGAUUGGGACCAGAUCCGAGCAAGGAGGCGUGGCUCACGCGAGGGGGCUUUGGGACAGCAGAAGCUCCGGGGAUCCCUCUGUGAGGUCUUACGGUUGCUCGCAUCUUGGACAGUCUCCUGGCUUGGAUGUGGUAGCAUCGUCGUGCGGGGCAGCCGCGUGUUUCAAGGAUGGUUGGAGACGUACCCCAAGACCGGCGACGACGUUGCUAAGCGCAUUGGCCAGGAAGGGGUACUGGAACGUGGCAGGCCAGGUUCUUUGGCACAUGAUCGAAGUGCCCAGGAGUCUUUGGAGGUCAAUGUCUUCCACUGCAGCUCUGUCAUCAGCGCGUGUGAGAAGAGCGGAAACUGGCGGCUGUCACUGGCUCUUUUGGCGCAGAUGUCCGAAUUAAAGAUCGUUCCGAAUCAGAUCAGCUACAGCGCCGCGGCGACGACCUGUGCGAAGGGCAAUUGGCCUGCCGCACUUUUGCUUAUUUACAGCAUGGUAGGAAGGCGAUUGCCACGUGACCAGGUGAGUUGGAAUGCUGCAAUCGAUGCUUGCCGUGGAGCUGAUUGGGAGCUUGCAGUGCGCAUGCUUUUCGACAUGCCCAGGACCCGCGUGGCACAAGAUUCGGUCAGCUUCGGCUCUGCGAUCAGCGCUUGCGAAAGAGGCAGUGCUUGGGAGAUGGUGCUUCAUCUGCUGGUUUUGAUGAGGCAAGCUCAGGUGAGGUUGAAUGACAUCAGCUGUUCUGCUGCCAUCAGUGCCUGUGGACACAAAGGCCACCAAUGGAAGGUGGCGCUGGUUUUAUUUGAGGAGAUGCUGGCAUUGGAUGAGGCUGUGACACCGGACAGAUUUGUGUGGAAUGCCGCGGUUGCAGCCUGUGAGACGAGCUCAGAGUGGAAGAUGGCUUUGGCCAUUCUUGAGACCAUGGUGGCUCGUUCAGUUCUUCCAGACGUCGCUACAUGCACCUCCUGCAUCAACGCUUGCAACAGCCGCAAGCACAGAAGUUGGCCGCACGUGGUGGCACUCUUCGAGGAGAUGUCUGCCAGACUUGCCAUUUUGCCGAACAUUAUCACGUAUUCCGCGGUCAUCACGGCUGCCUCGAAUGGGCUUCAGCACACAUCCACCUUGCAGCUUCUUCUUGCUGUAGAUGACAUUGCUUGGACCCUCAUACGGACGUGA